AUGACCCGAAGGCCCACCCCUCAGUUGACGGCGCAGCAGAUCUUGGCCCGUCGUGUGGUGGCAACACCACGAAGUUGUAUCAGCAAAGUGCUGGACUUGAGCGGUCACACGGCAGACUUCGGAAGGCAUGGCUCGAACCCACGGGAGAAGAUCUCGCCGUGGGAAGACAAAAUGCCGGUGUUCAAAAGCGACCUGACCGCUGGGACGACGAAAGGUACUUUCCACAUCCCAGGCUACCAGGGUGUCACUCCCAGCUGUCCAGGCUUCAGUGAGCACCAGCUCCGCGUCGCAAGGGCUCAAGCCAGGUCAGUUGACAAAACCAACAUAGUGCAGAUCUUCCACCAGGAAGUGGUUGGAUAUGGUGGGCAUGUACCGGAAGCAGUUUGCAACGACUUUGGGGGACGAAAGCCGACAGAUCUCACGACUUUUGGCCAUGACUUCAAGCCUCACAAAGCAGGCGCGCUGUGCUGA